AUGGCCAAAGUCUAUGACCUCACUACGGGUUCCAAGAUUGCUGACCUCUUCUCGUCGGUCAAGCAGAGCGACUACAUCCUCAAUAAAGCCACCUUCUCCAUGGACGAUAACCUGGUCCUGAACGAUGGGGUUGUCUGGGAUUUGCGUUCUUCCGGUAGUGUCGAGCACUUCCGAAAAGGUCUCUCCAACCUGCAAACAACGGUUGGCGGCGUGAGCCACAGGCCCAUACACAAGAUUGACAAAUUUCAGGACCUUGUAUCCGGCGUUUUCCACCCCAACGGCCUGGAGGUUAUUGUUGGGUCCGCGGUCUGGGAUAUGCGUACAUGGCGCUUGCUGCACACCGUCCAGGCGCUCGAUCGUAUGGAAGCUAGGUUCACAGAGAAUGCUGAUGCCAUCUACGCCGGUAUCUUUGGCCCAGACUAUGAUGAUGUUUUGGAGGAACUUGGCGCUAACAAGUUAGCAAUGCAAAGUAUGUUCCGGACGGUGGACGCGCUCGACUACAGUCUGAUCGCCUCAGUCGACGUAAAGCAUCGAAUCGAACAGCUGGCCUUGGACUUCACUGAUGACACCUGGGAGGUGAACUCGCACGGCAACGGUAGCUCAAGUGACUCCUCCUGGGAGACUGAAGAGGAGGUUGAGGUGCCUCCGGACGAAGUCCCAGAAAAUAACCAGGGGGAUCGGGGAGACGGCGGUCACGGCGGUGCUGCAGGGGUGGGUGACCACACAUCGAACACAGAUGUCUAA